UGCUGUCUAGGUAGCUGUCUUGAUUUUGAACUCGCCUCCGAGUUUUCUCUUUUUUUCGGGCUCUGCUAUGGGUGGUAGCGGGAGCACCCAUGGCAGCAGGAAGGUCUCCUUCGAGCUGGACGAGCAGGAGCAAGUUCGGGUGUUGCAGGGCAUCAGACUUUCUGAAGAUGUAGUAAAUAGAAUGAAGGAAAAAAGCCAACCUAAACAAGACCAGCGAUCUCAAGAGAAAUCUAAGGUGUCCACAGGGAUCUGUCCACCUACCACAGAAAGUUUGGGUCAAAAGCCUUCUGAAGCAAAGGAGGAACUGUAUAAGAGGUAUGAACAAGAGCAAGCAAUGGUCCAGGAGGAACUACUUCGAUUGGCAAAAAGAGAGAAGGAGGCAGUCAGCGAGAGUCUGAAUGCUGCCCUCCAACAGGAGAGAAUUUGUGCCCGAGAGGAUAAGCAGAAAGCAUCCCACCUGGCAAAGGAACUGCAAUGGAAAGACGAAGAGCUGAAGCGGAGAGACGCCUUCUAUAAGGAACAAUUGGCCAAGAUUGAGAAGAAGAAUUCUGAAAUCUACAAGUUGACUUUGGAUCAAUACAAUGAGGCAGUCACCAAUGCAGAAGAUCAAAUCAGGAAGAGGAAUACACAACCUAUAUGUGCAAACCUGCAGGAAGCCAUUAUGAUGUGCUACAAUGAAAAUAAGCAGCAAGUGCUAAACUGCUCAGAGCUAGUCAAGGAAUAUCAACGUUGUGUUAGGCUAGCACAAAAGGAAUUGUUGGUCCAUUUUGAUUAAAAUCCAACUGCUAAAACAGGUGAAGACAGCAGAAGUUCUUCAGAGGCCAGCAUCAUCUUCGGUUUCGUGCUGCUGUCAGUGAGUGCCUUCUACCUUUAGCAGUGCACAAAAAGCACACUGUGUCCUUGCACAGAUGCCUCUACGGGUCAGUUGCAAUGGUUGAAUUUGGAAUUAAGGGCCAAAUGAGUUUGGGCAAAGCUAUCCUCUUGAAAAGUAUGUUGCCAACAAUCCUUCCUCUGACACCCUUUCACAAAAAGGAGUGCUGCAGGCAAAUAUUGUUUCUAAUAUGGAAUAUUAAACAAAAGCUUCCACUGAAAAAUACAGAAACCAAAAGUUUGCCAAAUGUUCAAUGUUACUGUUAGCCAAUAUUUCAGUUUGUGUCUUGGGGUUUUUUUUGGUUUUUUUUUUAGAAUUACACAUCUACAGAAUAAUGUCUGUAUGUAUAUAUGUAUGGCUAACCAUGGGCAAGGCAUUCAAAUAAAACAAUAAAGGGUGUUUAAUGUU